AUGGGUAAUCAUCACCCUGAAGACAGUGAAGGCAGAAGCAGAAAGAAAAAAAACCCCAAGCAGCUCAGAAGUGACGAGCACAGCGAGGACAGAGUCCUAGCUAACAUUAUUCAUAGUGCCACAGGAUACCACUCCAAGACCAUACGUUUUCUCAAUGUGGCCUUUGACAAUUCUGGUGACUCAUUACUUGCUGGAGACCAUCAAGGGAAUAUCUAUGUUUUUGACUUGAGUGGAAACAGGUUUGAUCUAGUUCAGAGAACGAUGCAGGCUUGCACUGCUUUGGCAUUCAAUCUGCGCAGGAAGACAGAGUUCCUUGUGGCCUUGGCGGAUUAUUCCAUUAAAUGCUUUGAUACAGAUACAAAGGAGUUAGUAAGUUGGAUGAGGGGACAUGAUUCUUCAAUAUCCUCCAUCUCUGUCCAUGGUUCAGGCAGAUAUGCCAUCACUACAUCCACUGAUACAGCGCAACUCUGGGACCUAGACACCUUUCAAAGAAAGAGGAAGUUAAAUGUGCGCCAGUCCGUGGGUAUACAGAAGGUUUUCUUCCUUCCACUAAGUAACACCAUCCUUAGCUGUUUCAAAGAUAAUUCUGUUUUUGCCUGGGAAUUUGAUACUCUCCAUUGUAAAUACCAGCUGCCUACUUCAAUAGAAGGCUCUACGUUGCAUUAUAAAAUCUUCGCAGUUACAAGGGAUGGCCGAAUGCUUGUAGCUGGAGGAAAAUCAAAUCAUCUUCACUUGUGGUGUUUAGAGUCAAAGCAGCUGUUAAGAAUAAUCCAGAUGCCUACAAAAGUACGAGCUGUUCGCCAUCUGGAAUUCCUGCCUGAUAGUUUUGAUGGGGGUUCUAAUCAGGUUCUUGGAGUUUUAAGUCAAGAUAAUAUUAUGAGGUUUAUCAACGUACAGACAUGCAAACUUCUGUUUGACAUUGGAAGUCAUGAAGAGGGGAUCAGCACAGCAACAAUUAGCCCAAAUGGAAGAUAUAUUGCAUCAGUAAUGGAAAAUGGUAGUCUCAACAUAUACAGCAUCCAGGUUUUGACCCAGGAAGUUAAUAAGCCUCCACCACCCCUGUUUAGAGUGGUUGAAGAUUUGUCCAAAAACAAAGCAGGGACAAGUAAGCUUACAGUGAAAGUAUCAUCAGGAAGAUCAGAGAGGCCUUGGAAAUCAAAAGGAAACAAAAUUCAAACUAAAGUGCUAAAACCUCAACUGAACAUGUCACUUGAAAAUAAAGAGAAUGAAUUGCCGUGUGGAUUAAACAAGAAACGUCUACAAACCUUAUUGAAAGGAUUUGGAGAGUAUCCAGCAAAAUACAGGAUGUUUGUUUGGCGUUCCUUACUACAACUUCCUGAAAACCACUUGGCAUUCAGCAGCCUGAUAGACAAAGGUAUCCACUCUGCCUUUGUGGAUCUUCAGAAAGAAUAUCCCAUCAAAAGUAGGAAACUGUUGCGAGUCUUACAAAGGACCUUAUCGGCUUUAGGUCACUGGUCUGCGAUUUUUGGUGAGACACCAUAUGUUCCUCUGCUAUCAUUCCCAUUUGUAAAAUUAUUCCAAAACAACCAGCUCAUCUGCUUUGAAGUUGUUGCUACUGUAAUAGUUAACUGGUGUCAACACUGGUUUGAGUAUUUUCCUAAUCCGCCAGUCAACGUUCUUAGUAUGGUGGAAAAUAUCUUGGCACAUCAUGAUAAGGAAUUGCUGCAGCAUUUAAUAAACUUCAGUGUGACAUCACAGUUAUAUGCCUGGCCUCUUCUAGAAACUUUGUUCUCUGAGGUUCUAACAAGAGAAGAAUGGCUGAAAGUGUUUGAUAAUAUCUUCUCCAAUGAUCCUUCAUACCUUCUAAUGAUGGUUGCUGCCUAUAUUAUAUGUUCCAGAGCUCCUUUGCUUCACUGCAGUCAAAAAGAGGACUUUGAGUAUUUCUUCCAUCAUCGAAACAACCUGGAUAUUAAUGUUGUGAUUAAAGAAGCCUAUCAUCUUAUGGAAGCUACCCCAGCAGAUAUUCAUCCACAGCGUAUGCUUGAUGACUUCAUACCACUCACAAAGGGGCAGUACCCCGUAUUUAAUAAAUAUCCCAAGUUUAUUGUGGAUUAUCAGACUCAGGAGCGGGAAAGGAUCAGACACGAUGAAAUUGAAUACUUACGAGAAAGACAAUUAGUUCAUGAGUUAGAAGCUAAAGCAGUGCAGCGACAAGUGGAAGAUGAAGCCUGGUAUCGGAAGCAAGGUCUGCUUCGUGAAGCUGAAGAACAAAGGAGAAAAAUUCUACUGGAAGAAGAGGAAAAGCUGUCAGAUCAAAAACAAAGAUUAGCUGCUGUGAAAAGAGAAUUGAAAGUAAAAGAGCUGCAGCUUCUGGAUGCUGCGAGAAGGCGUUUUCUGAAAUAUCAGCAAGAUCAGCGGCAAAUGGAGCUAAAACGUCUCGACGAUGAAAUUGCUAGAAAGGCAUCCGUGAGAGAGCGGGAAACAGCUGCUACAAUUCAAGAUGUAGAAGUGCGGCGGAUGGAGCUUGAAUCCCAGAGACGGCUUUUUGAACAGCAACUUGUCAAAGAUCAAGAGACAGUGAUGCAAGAGGUAAAAGGAGAGCUAGACACCAAUCGGAGAAAAGCUGAUCUUGAAGAUCACCUAGUCCAGAGAUUGAUAGAAAUUGAUCGGGAAGAAAAGCAAAAAGCACAGAUGCUGGCUGAAGAAAGCUUAGCAAAGGCAGAUCAGAAGUGCAUUGACACAGACUGGAGAAUCCAAUUGUCGCAGAAACAAAGAUGUGACGACCUACACCGUGAGGACCAUUAUAAAGAGAUUGCUAAACUCCUUCAUGAUAACAGAGUAAAGGAAACAGAGCUGUUGAAUGUCAUGAAGGAGGCAGAAGAUAAAAAGUGGGAAGAAAAUCUAAAGAGAGCGAGUCAGCUGGAGGCAGAGCAGGAAGCCACAGCCAUUACUGAUGCACGCAGGAAGCAGCUUUUAGAAGAUGAAAUGAAUGAUGCGUUAGACCUGGCUGAAAAGUUACAAAGUGAAGAUGGCUAUUUUGAGAGACUGCGUGAUUUAAGGACUGGGUCUGCACAGCAAGAUUUAGAAAUCCAACUGGUACCAGAGGCCCAGUCCAAGUCUGGAUACGUCUGUCUAAAUGACUUAUCUUCAGCAGAGUCCUCAACACACUUUUCUUUAGACAGAAGACGAGAAGACUUGGAAUGCAGAGAGCGGGAACUGAUGGCAGAAGUCAGACAGCUCAGGGAAAAGCUCGCCUCGCAAGCUCGGGCUAAAUAUCCUCUCCCUCAUUUCCCUGACACAAAAUGGACCGCCUGAGAAGGCAGGCGUUAUGGUUACAGCUCACCUGAUCAAUCACCGAGGUUCCAAAUACUUAGGUUGUGAUCAAAGACUCAUUUUGUAUAAUUUAUUAUGAAUGCCUUGGCACUUAUUUUUGUACAUAAUAAAACACUAACUAGAGAUGUUUUAUAUUUGCAUACUCCUAUCCUUGCAGUUCAUUCUGGGCUCUUUUUUUUAAAUAAACUCAUUUUUGUUG